AUGAAUCACAGUCUCUAUGCAGUGCAUCCAAAUUAUACUCCAAUAAACCUGAGACUUGCAGAAGAGUAUUUCAAUACACUUCCCCCUGGAGAUAUCAGCAAACAAUUCUAUGAUGGUGUUCAAUAUCGAGCUGUAAAAGGAUUAUUUGCUUCUUAUGCCCUUAAUAGAUUUAGCUAAUAUGGAAAGUUGAACUCACUUUACAAGUUCUAUCCAUAUUAGAAGAUAGUCAAGGAAACAAAGGAAGAAUUAUGUGAGGAUUGGACUUCAAACAUUCAACUUGCAGCAAUUGUGACUGGUGCAUCAUGGACUUUCCUUUAUUAAUAUGCCAAAAGAGGAUAAGUCUUGAGCAUUCUGAGAGAAUAUGGAUCAGUUUUAAAGACCCACAGAUUGUUUAGAUAAUAUCUCUACACUCUUGUGCUUCCCUUUGCAAUUGCAAACGAGUAUACAUUUGUUCAUUACCAUGAUCAUAUUGAAUAAUUAUGGUAAGUACAUGCAAAUAGAUUAAAUAAGAAGGACUUGUCAGAUCCAACUGGCACCUAAUACCCCGAAGAAUUAAGAGCCCCAAGAAGAGAUGUGUUUAUCAAUAAAUGGCAUUGAUCUACACCAUAAUAAAUCUAAUAAAAACAAUUAUUAUUUUCAUAACUAAAUAUAUCUUAUAAUUCUAUA